AUAAGAUAAUUAUAAAAGAAAAAAGUAAGAUAACGACAAAAAUAGAUACGAAAGUUCAAUAUCCUCAAUACGCUUUCUGCUCUCCAAAAAAAAAACUUCUCGCGCUCAAACAUUUCCAAUUGUUGCCCGAAGUUUUUAUUCGAAACUAUAUUUGGUAUUUUUAUUCGUUUUAUUUGCGCUAUAAAAAAACAGUAAAGUUAUAUCUUUAUAGCGCGAUUAUUUUUUUUUAACGCCGCAAAUUUCUAACGUGAGAUCACGUGUAUGGUAACAUACAUAAUGAUAAACAACAGAACACUACGAAAAUGCGACCGAAAUACGCUUAAGUGUCAUUAGGACUAUAAUAAACAUAGAUACAAGUAGAACUAUUUGGAGAUAAGUAUAGUGAUCUCUCUCCCGUUAUCGAAUUAUCAUGUUGCCAAGGAAACCAACGUCAGAGUGCAAAGUCCGGGCAUUCCUAUGGUGAUGCUCGAAUAUUUUUCAGUGUUCGCGAAAAUAGAGAACAAUGAUGAACGCGAUAACGAACGCGAUUGUCUCCGAACUACUAUCGUUGGAAAGAUAAUUAACAUGCGCGCUUUCCUGUUGUGAUUAUUUAAGUACUUAAUCAUUACGUUGUUAUGCAAUCGUUGCGUAACAAACAAUUACAUAGAAGUGAAGAACAUGGAAUCGUGCAAGUGCUGCGUUCACUGUCGUGGCGAUACAAUCGCUCGGGAUUGCGAUGAGCUUCACGAGGACUGGACGCCGUUCGGACGCGUCUCGAAUAACCCGUCUUCUUCGGGAAAACACGCGCCAGGAUGUCCCAGGUUUCGAAGAAACUCUGAAGAGAAACAGAACGAAAUCGCGUCCUGUUACGAUAAAUUCGCGCUGGCAAAAAGACUGCACGCGGAAAAUCUGCAGCACCAGCCACUUCCGGAUCGGGUGGACGAUUCCGUCUUCAAGAGAGGAGAGAGAUGUCGUUCCUGCUCGGCCAAGUGGGAACGAGAUGCAAAAUAUCGAGCGAUCGUUCCGAAGAAGGAACAGGAUUACACGUUUGGACCCGCGCUCGGUUGCAAGAAGCCGAAGACCCGGAUGGAUCUGGCGAUCUGUUGGGAGACGCCGAUUGAUCCGGUGUACGAACCGCGCAGAUCGACGCACAUCGACGGUUCCGAAGGCGGUUUGGCGCCGGCGAUCUUUGCUCUGAUCCAACACACGCCGGCCCCGAGAAAUCGCGAGAAGCUUUUGAUGGCGAACGACGAAUGCGACAGUGCAAAACAAGAAAAACACAUAUCUCGAUGCUGUUGCAGCCACUCCUGCGACGAUUUGCUCGCAAAAGAACCUCGAAGAAGCGCGAAGUCUUCGAAAUCGAAUUCCGCGAUUCGUGUCACAGAGCGGAAGUGUGUCGCUUGUCGAGAGAAACAGGAACUUCAGAGGGAAAAGGAUCCGAGAUUGAUUCGAUCCGCGGUGGGUAUCGCGCUCGGUCUCGAGAAGGAUCGAAAAACUGUACGAGACGACGACGGUACGCGAAGGAGCGAAUUGUCGCCGGGGAGGAUAACGGUUCCGCGGCCGAGAACUCCGUUUGCCAGACGCACCUUCUGCAUCGAUACUCUGUCGCCGCCGUUUAGCGUGAAAAAGGGCUGCCGGGACACCGAUUAUCCUGAACAUUGGCGACUCAUGUCUAUGUAUCAGCAGUCAUACAGAAACCCGCACAAAAGGAAGACUCGACCAUUCUGAUUGACAUCGUUUACAUAUCAACCGAUAUGUAAACUUUUCACAUAAUCGAUACAUCUAUUCAAUGAGUCGCUCCUUUAAUGCGGUUUAUUUUAUUGACACAAGCGAUAGAUAAAGAGUUAAGAUAAUAGAACGGAAGAAGCAAACAAGAUAUCGAAAGUUUAACAAUGUGUGUGUUCAUAUGUGUUCAUCAAGAUGACGAUUAUUAUAUUGAUCACUGAUUUGUUGUUGCCACGGAGAACAUUUAAUUUCGUUGAACGUUCGUUUCGAUGUUGACAUGUUAUGUUUUGAUCGUUGAACAUAUAUGUAUUCUUUACAUUUAUAUGUACAUACAUACAAUGUUACUGUUUUAACUCUUAGAAAAAUACGAAAAACAAAUAAAUAAAAAUAA